AUGAUUAUCAGAUUUUUAAAUGAAAUUCAAGAAGAAACAGAUUUAGAAAGACUAAAAGAUUUUUGGGUAAAAGAAAUCAUUAAAUUUAAAUUCACAGAUGAAGAUAAACAGAAACUCAAUGAGCUUAGAGAAGAUCGUAUCAGAGAAUUAGAACAAACUCAACCUGAAGUAGGAAGACAUUGGUUCAGAGAAAUACAAGAUAGUAGAAAUCUGACUGAACAACAGAAAGUUGCAUUGAACAUAAAAUGUGAUAAACAAUUAAAAUCAUUAUCAAAUAAACAAUAUGAUAAAAUUAAUGAAGAAAUCCCUGAAAUUGAUACUGCAACACCAAAUGUUGACACUUUGCAACAAAAGAGAAAAGAAAGAUAUCAAUUAAUUGAAAAAGAAUCUAAAAUUGCGAGAUAUGAUAGAUAUGGAAGUCAAAUCACAAACUUUUAUAAUAAUAAACAAGUUGUUCUACUUUCAAAUGAUAAUACUCUUGCUCGUAAUAUCGACAGGCUCAAUCAAACUCUAAUUGAAAAUGAUAGAAUUAAAAAUGAUCUAGUCAAUUUGAGAAAACACAGAUACAAUACUUUAUUAUAUGAUGUUAUUGAAAAUGAAAUGAAAGAAGAUAAUGAUAAACAAUCAUUCGAAGAUGGAGAGAAAGAACUGCUGCUAGGUUACAUUGAAAAAUUCCCAUACAGUGAUUAUACUAAGACAUUACUGGAUGACAAAGAACAAGACCAAUAUUUUAUUGAUAAAUCAAAUAAACAAUUUCAUUCAAUAUGUGAUAUCAAAGAUGUGGAUGAAUUUGUCAAUAACAUAAUCAAGAAAAAUUAUCUUUACAAACAGAUAAAAGAAAUAUUCGAUCAAGAAGAUGAUGUGAUAAAUUUCAGUAAAAUGGUUGGAACAAAUGAUAAUGAACAAACUUUUUUUAAAAAAAUCAGACCACUAGUAAAAAAUCAAAUACAUUUAAAUGAAAUUGAUAAAAUCUUAGGAAAAGAUGAUGAUCUUGAACAAUCAGAUAAUAAAAAACAAAAACAAGCACCUAGAAGAAUGAAGAAUUUAAGAGAAGAUAUUAACAUAAUUAUUCCUAAAACAAAACUAUUCCUAAUGAGACAAGGUUAUCAAACAUUAGAUAUAAAAAUAUGUGUUGAAGAAAUUCUAAAAUUAUAUAAAGCUAUCAUAAUCGCCUCAGAUAAAAAAAUUAGUUUUUUGAGAAGCUUAACAAUAACAAAACAACAUUUUCUUGAUAUAGCAUUCAAAAUCUUAAUCAAAAGAGAUGAAGAUUUAAGAUUGGAUGGGAAAAUAGGAAACAUUUUUGAUGAUAAUGAAGUUUAA